UUGUCUAUGAAAACAAAUUGAAUACAAAUAUAAUAUUUAAUAAUUGUGGCAAUAAAAAAUACUAUAUAAGAAACAACAAACUAAAUCUAAAAUGCUAAAACAUUUGUAGUACCGUAAUUUUCGGACUAUAAAUCGCGUUUUUUUUCAUAGUUUGGGUGGGGGGGCGAUUUAUACUCAGGAGAGACUUAUAUACAUAUAUAUGUUUUUUUUCACUUUUUUGGGCAUUUUAUGGCUGGUGCGACUUAUACUCCGGUGCGACUUACAGUCCGAAAAUUACGGUAUAUUAAAAAAAGUUAUUACCAAUAUGACAAUAACUGAUUUGUUUUAUCUUAUAUUUUGCAUGUUUUCCAUCUGACCACCCUCAACAUUAUUCUGAUGCCAGCCAAUGAAAUGGAAAUUCUCACACUCGUGUUGCUACUCUUCAUAGCGCCUUUACAUUUGUCCAUCCCACAACCAAGACAAGUUUUGAACAUUGACAUGGUACAGUUAACGAAGACAAAAGAGGAGAGCAAAGAUGCCAAGAGAGACGCACUGAAAGAAGAGCAGGAGGGCAUGCUUGUGGCAGGGAUCGUCCCUCACGAGGCGAUUCAAAACAAAUCAAAUAGUGAUAUUCCGACUCCUCAAUCCAAUCCCGAAGCUCCCAUUCUCUCCUCAACAGUGACUCCCAAAAACCACAAGUCCAUCUCACUGAUGGAAGACAUCCUCACAGAGGUGCUACAAACUCCAAGACAUUAUUCUGAACAGAUUAGUCCAGAUGUUGAAAUCCAACCUGUGAGGAACACUCUAGACACAAGAACAACAAACGCCAUCAUUGAAAAAGGAGAGUACGACCAAAAUAAAGUGACCAAACCUUCAGUCGAACUACACAAGAUCAAAAAGACUAUUCAAAAUCGCAAAAAGGGAAAUGGAAGGAAAAAGAAUGUUAGAAAGCAAACCAAAGAAAUGAAGACUAAAAAGAUGGAGCAUUUUCCUUACUUCCUGGAUAACUACUGUCCUCCUGAUUGUGCCUGCUAUGGAGGGGUGGUCCAGUGUUCAGACAAAUUGGUGGACAAGAUCCCGUACGGCAUCCCCUACAGCUCCCGUUACGUCCUCCUGAUGAACAACCACAUCAACAGCAUUCAGCUGGAUCUCCUCCGGGGAUACACCUCCAUGGAGUUCCUAGUCCUGAGUAAAAAUCACCUUACAGAUGGCUCCGUGGAAGGGGCGUUUGAGGGCAUCCCAGCGUUGAAGCGUCUAUACCUGGAUCAGAACCUGCUGGCGAGCAUACCGACGGACCUUCCGGCUUCCCUCGAGGAGCUUCGACUGGACAACAACCGUGUGAGGGUGAUGUCGGAGUCAUGUUGGACUCGUUGUCCUGGCCUUUUGGUGUUAAGCCUCAGCAACAACAGUCUGGGGAACGAAUCGGGAUCUCUUCCGGAUGCCGUGUUUUCUCCUCUGCACUACUUGAGGACUUUGAACCUAGACCACAACCAACUGACGACCGUUCCCCAUGGGUUGCCUCUGUCCAUCAAGGAGCUGUACCUCAGAGGGAAUCUCAUCGAACAUUUCAGCAGCAAAGCAUUUAACGGGAAAUCCCAGCUGGUGAUUUUGGACCUGAGUGCCAACCGACUGAGCAACAAGGGCCUACCCACAGAUGCUCUGGUCAAAGCCACCCACCUGGAGAGCUUGAACCUGGAGGGCAAUCGACUCAAAAAAGUUCCCCGGCACCUUCCCUCGUCGAUCAAAACUUUAAACCUUGAGGGCAACGUCAUCUCCGCGAUUAGAAGAGUUGCUUUCAACUCCUUGAAAAACCUAGAACACCUAGGACUAGCCCGAAAUAAGAUCUCUAAAGUAGUCCCGGGUGCAUUCUUGAGUUUGCCUGCCCUGCACCAGUUGGACCUUUGCCACAACGUCUUGCGCCAGGUACCCAGACAACUACCACGUGGCCUCCACUUGGUGGUGCUAACUCACAACAAGAUCCAUUCGGUGCCCCGGGACGCCUUUUGUUGGGGUCAAGCGAGCACCGGUCUCAGCGAACUGGUCCAAGUGCAGUUAGAGAACAACUUAAUGGACAUGGGAAAGCUAGACUCUAAGGCUUUCAGAUGCUUGAGGGGAUUCCAGGUGGUGCAUUUCUAUUGAAACAAAGUCUCGGGAAAAAAGGAAAAAUGUCACGUCUCGUCCCCAGUUUUGCUAUGUGUCUAGGUUGCCAUGGUUUCUGUUCGCGUCAUUCCUCCCCUCCUGUGUCACCUCAAUCAAUGUAACCACAGUCAUCUACCUCUUGUUACCUGUUUUGUAUUUAAGUCCUGUCUGCCCCUCACUCCCCGUCGGGUCAUUGUUGUCGUAAUGUGUUCACGUCUCGUCUGUCGUCGUCGUUCCUGUCUUUAGCUUGUCUUUCUGUUCAGUUAGUCUUGUCCCUAGUCGAGCUUCUUAUAGUCUGUCUUUGAGUUCUCCAAUAAAUUCUGGUCCAAGCUGCAUUUGGUCGCCCUGCUCCAUUCCAUCCGUGACACAAAACGUAGACCAGUAUAGUUAUGUUGAUUUAUGAUGUCAUAAAUUAUGCAAUCGGAUCAACAUUUAGGACACUUUUAUUCAGAAAGAAAUGCAUUUUACAAUUUAUUGUGCAAUUAUCCAUUUCGUUUCCUGCGAGGCCGAUUGGGUGGAAAGUUUCACUUUUUAUAAUCAACUAUUAAACUAAACUUUUCAACAACAGUCUAAUUUAUUACACCUCUAUUAUUAGUAUAUUUUACCCUGUAUAUAGUUUUUGAUAGUCCUGCAAAUGUUUACAUGCAUUUCAGGAAACAAAAGCUAUAAUUAUUAGAAUGUGUGUUUUGUAUUCAUUCAAUCGACCUCCAUGUUUCUAUGAGUAGGACACAUUGUUGCUCUUGAAAACCAAAAGACUUCCCCAUUUAAUGUUUUUUUAAGAAUGUAAAUAUGUGCUAGUAUAUCAUGGUCAAGAUGUAUAUUUUCAGAUGUUCCAAAUAUAAAUAAAGCACAGUAGCUUCAGUCAACAAAACCUAAGGGACUUAUAUUAUGGAGCGGCCACUAGAUGGCAGUAGCAUACAGACAGAAUAUCGUUGUGACAGUCACCCUAACGUUUGAACAAAACUGUCCCUUGAGGCAAACAUAUGCGUGUGGAAGUUGACCUUGUGGGUUUAAAUGCUAUAUUUUAACUGCAGCAAAGACUUUGACGAGAACCUUAAAGAUAUAUUAAGAGCAGAAUAUGAUCUGCAUGGGUAUGUUUUGGCACCACUUGGUUAAGUCCUUCUAAGCAACGUGGCACCGCACCGGCGAAGG